AUGCCAUCCUCCAUCCCGGAGGCAGACAGGAGGCACAGAGCCUCGGCAGCAUUUUCUCUGAGUUUCCUCUCUUUAAUCUUCUCCAUCACAGCUUUCAGCAGCAGUUACUGGUGUGAGGGGACCAGGAAAGUGGCCAAACCUUUCUGCAAAGGGGACAGCAAAGGGGAUCUGUGCAUCCGCUUCAACAGCGCCGACGGCAACGGCAGCCAGGCUGUGCAGUACAUCUGGGAGACUGGCGAUGACAAAUUCGUGGAGAAGAAGUUCCACGCUGGCAUCUGGUACUCCUGUGAGGAAAUGAUCAAUGAAGAAGGUGAGAAAUGUAGAAGCUUCAUCAGUCUGACUCCAGCUUCUGAUCGAGGGGUUUUAUGGCUGUCUAUUGUAGCAGAGCUUCUCUACGUGGUUUUGCUCCUGACUGGGAACAUUCUCAUGUCAGUAGAAAUAUGCUACUACAGCUCUGUCAUUGAUGGGCUGAAGAUCAACGCCUUCUCCGCAGUGGUCACCGUGCUAGCAGGUCUUCUGGGCAUGGUUGCUCACAUGAUGUACACAACUGUGUUUCAAAUGACUGUAAAUCUUGGUCCUGAAGACUGGAGACCUCACACUUGGGAUUAUGGCUGGUCCUAUGGCCUUGCAUGGACCUCCUUCGCUUGCUGUAUGGCCGCAGCUGUGACCACUAUUAACAAAUAUACAAAAACUAUCUUGGAAUUCAAGCACAAAAGGAAAAAGCUGGAAAGGAGCUUUAGGAUUCAGUACAAGUUUCCUGAGUACACAGCUCCAGAGAAGGUUUGCAAUGUGUAUGUGAACUCUUUCCAGAACACCACAGAUGACCCCACACAUGCAUUAAGAAGUCUGCGUCACCUGGCCACUAUUUCAGUCCUGUAA